GGCAUUGGCAUCUGUGUCGGUUCUGUGCCUACUUGCCUACGAGUGAACGGAACAGAAUUUCACAUGCUCAGUCAGCCUAGAUAGCUACGGAGUGCGGUCGAUUGAAACGACGUCGGUCUGAGACUCAGCUCACUAAAAUAAUUGCUAUUUCAAUUAUAAUUGAAAUUUGCAUACUAUAAUUACAUUUGCAAUACGAAAAACUUUGUACUGUUCUGAACCAGUAGUUCAUUCACAUGUUAUUCUUGCUUGUAGUAUUAGGUGAACGGUGAUCUGUUGUCCCUUGGCGUUUAUUUAGCCGGCCAUUUUGUAUUUCAUAUUGAACCAAGACACAGACUGAAGUUUGAUAAAAACUGGAUUAUUUUAAUUAUUCUGUUAACUUUCGGACAAUUGAGUGAAAACCGGUAACGUGAUAUUUUAGUGUUUUGAUUUAAUAUUAUAGUGACAUGUUUGUUAUGUGAUUUAUAUCUAAUAAGGACAAGAUGCGUUAUUUUCUUUGCGCGUUUAAUUCAACAAAAUUAGAAACUGGAUUUUAGUUUAAUUAAGCUGGACAAUGAACGUUAAUCAUGACGACAAAGCUUGAAUCUGAUUUCCCAUCAUCGCCUCCAAACGAUGAGUCAGGUGACGAAGAACAGGACAUAGACCAAGACUAUCAAGAGGAGCUUACAGCAAAAAAACCUGACUCAAAUGUUGCUAGUAUACUAGCGAGGCUUCAAUCGUCAGGUGCUUUAAUAAAGAAACCGAAAGAAGAAUACCAUUGUUUCACUUGUGAUAUAGAUUUUUCUGAUUGGGAGGAAUUAGAGAAACAUCUCAUAGAACACGUGUCCCUACCCUACGUGGUGUUAGACAAGCUGCCGUCAGACGAGGAAGAUCUGCCACCUUCCGGUGAUGAAAAUUGGUCAGAUGAUGAAGAUGUACCCGCUCCAUCAAAGGUUACUUUACCUAAAGCGCCCCAAAAGAUAGACAUAUCACAAAUAUUAAAAAAAACUGGAAUUUCUUUGAAAAAGAAAAGUGACAAUGAAGCAGCAAGCUCAGAUUCGGCACUUAAUAAAUUGAGCGGGUUAGGUUUUACAAUAACGAAAAAUACGACAACAAUAAAAAAAGAAAAAUCGGAUCAUGAUGCUGAAAAAACUAAUGAUGUGAUGCAGAAACUAGGAAAGCUUGGUAGUAUUAAACUUAAGUUAAAAUCCGAUGGAAAUAAUACAAAUUCGUUUAAAGUCGUUAAUGGUCUUAAGGACUUUAAGGCUUCUGACGACGAAGAUGAAGCUAGCGGUAAUGAAGAUGAUAAAGAUGAACACGAAGACGACGAUGAUGAAAAUGAUAAAUCAGGGGAAAAUGAGCGUUCGGGUGGUGAACAAGAUUCCGAUGAUCAAAUUCCAAAUAGUAGAAAUAGAACUGAUAGUGGAGACUCAGAUAAGACCAAAAUAAUUAUGCCCAAUCUACCUAAAGGCAUUCAAGGAAAAUUGAUAUCACCUAAAAAAGAACCUGCUGCUAUUCCUAAUAAAGUGACACCCACUAAAAUUCAACAAGAAGAAACGCCAAAAGUAAAGCCUCCAAACAGACCCGCUGUUAAGCAAACACCAAAAAGGGUACCAAGCGCUCCCAUAGCAGCUAAAGAACCGCCUAAAAUAGUUGAACUUCCUACAUCAAGAAGACCGUCUGAAAAUGUUACUCCAGAGAGAAGAGAUUCAAACGAUCGAGUAGAAAAUGUGGUCGUUAAACAAGAGGUUGGUGACGCUACAAGUGGAGAUGCACAGAAGAAUACCUUGCCUUUGUUUACAAAUCAAAUAAAAUCUGAAAGGUCUUCACCACCACUGUCUGAUAGAACAACACCAGUUUUAGCGCAUGUUAAGUCUGAACCUGAAAUUCCACCAGCAGUUGCUGGUUCUGAUGCAUCAUUUAGCAGUCAAAAUACACAAAAUUCUAAAACAAUGCCUAAUCUACUUCCCGUGUCAAAAACUGAAGAUACAGAAGUAACUGUUAUCGAAAUUAAUGGUGAUUCAAACGAUGAAGAUGAUGAUUGUUGUGUGGUGUCGACUACUCCUGCCCCUGAUGUCAAGCCUCUAGUACCUAAAAUAGAAAAACCUCCGCCUCCGUAUUCUACGACACCUAUCACCUCUUAUUCAACGUCACAACCGAGCUACAACUCUCCUUCUGAAUUAACACCACGGUUACCACCAACGCCAUCGACUGAAAAGCAACACAAUUUUAACUGGAAUGCUCCAGAUAGUAAACCAGCAUUAGAUAUGCUCGAAAAAAGUACAGAUGAGAUUUUUGAAAGUCUUCUAUCAUCGGCAACGAAAAAGGAAAAUAUGUCGUCAUUGUCAGAUGCAAGUGAAUACGUGUCUUUAGAUUCAUUAGGUCCUCAGCAUUCAUGUGAUACUUGCAACACAAGGUUUACUGAUAUAUCACUAUUAGAUGAACAUAGAAGAGUGACUGGACAUUCUAAGAGUCUCGUUGGUCCAUCAUCAUCGUCUCUAAUGCCGUAUAAUCAAUCUUCGAAUAUUCUCUCAAGUUUACUUCCAGUUAAACAAUUAGCUGAGCAAGUAGGAAAACUGUCGACACUAGGAAAUAGUGGUCCUGGAUUUACUCAUCAACAAAACGUUAUGAUUAAUAUACAAGCUUACCCAGGAGCGGGAGGUGUAAUGGUGCCACCGCAAUAUAAUGCAUAUAAUACAGGACAAAACAUGCAUGGCUAUCCACAAACGUCAAGCGACAUGUAUGGAACAGCAAGUCAACCUGUGUCAAUGCCAAGCCAAUAUCACGGUUCAAACUAUAUGAAUCAAGGAUAUAGGCAAUAUCCGCCAUCACCAAUGUCGAAAUCUGCUUACCCAGGAACUAUGCCGCCAAACUCAUACUCUAUGGCGUCUUCGCCAUAUUCUACUACUUCUCCAUUACAAAGCAUGCAACAGAGUGUCUAUGGACAAGCGCCAGGCGCAAUGAAUCUCCCCGGUAGUAUGGGUCCACCCGGCUCAUCACCGAGUCACGCGCCGUACACGUCUUCAUCAAGUCCUGUUGGAGGAAUAAAACAACAACCAGGUAGUGGCUUAAAAAUACAAAAUAUACAAACAUUUCCUCCAGGGCAAAUGAUGGGUCCGUCAGGUCAGCCUCUGUCUGGCCAAACUCAGUCAGGUGAAUUAGGCCCGAGUCAAAUGCCGCCACCUGGACAGGCGAUAUCUGGCACAAUACCCGGUGGUACGCCUAUCAGAAUGGCAGCUGGUGCUAAUAUUGCUGGCGCGCGACCACGAUUACCUACAGUUAGAGGCCAGAGACCUACAAUAAGACCAGGAAUUCAAGUUCAUGGUCAAAUUCGUGGUGGUAAAGUCGGGCCACGAAUGCCAAUGAAAAGACCAGGUGGCAUAGUUAGCGGGCCAGCACAGAAGCGGCGAACUGAUAUGUUGUUGCCCGGUAAGCAUGAUAACGAAGAUUGUCAAGUUAUGGCAAUGCAAAAACAACGUGAGGGUCUUCCGAUGAUACAUAGUGUGCAAGGUGCCAAAGAUAAAUUAAAUCUUGGUAGCCAAAUAUCAAUAACGAAAAAAACUGUCAAUAAAGAAGCGAAUGCCAUGGCGAAUGUUCUAGCAUCACGAGGUAUCAGUGUUAAACAAAAACAAAAAAGUAGAUCACCUACGCCAGAACGUCCAUUACCUCACAUUCCAAACCUGGGAGCAGGGGUUAGUAUCAAACACACAUCAAAAUCAAGCAAAUUUUCUAUACCCGAAGCAAAGGUCGGUGGUGGAAUGUAUUCGUGUAAGAUAUGUAAAAAAAUGUUCAUGAACCAUACUUCGUUACAAGUCCAUAUGGCGAAUGCACACCCACAGAGUAAUAAAAUACCAGUUUUCAAAUGUGACGAGUGCCCCGCCUCGUAUCCAAAAUCCUUACAGCUUCAACAUCAUAAAAGAGUUUUCCACAAUGUAACUGGACCUAAUAGAGAACUUGGUUUGCCAGUGGUUGACCUCUCACAGGAAGACAAUUUGAAAAGAUUAAGUAAUUUAGGAAUAUAUAGUUUUAUACCUUUGGCAAAUCGUGAGCAGGCUAAUGGAUGCUUUGGCAUACCAGUGAUAUCUGUGCACAACAUGCAAAACGGCUUAACGUCUAGUUUACAGGCACUUGGAGCCGAUGGAUUAUUAAGUUUAGGGCCACUAAAACCUUUACCUAACACAUAAAAAGUUGAAAAUAAAGACAUUAAAUGAAAGAAACCACUGAGUGUGUGAGUGAAAUUUCAUUUAUAUUUGAACAUG